AUGGCAUGGGUUGUAAUAUACUUGUGUGUUAUUAAGGGCAUCAAGUCGACAGGAAAGGUUGUGUAUGUCACCGCCACGCUCCCUUACCUACUUCUUGUAACCUUACUCGUCCAUAACCUUACGUUACCGGGCUCUUUGGAUGGUGUCAUCUUCUUCAUCAAACCAGACUUCAAGUCUCUAUUGAACAUACAGGUUUGGCUGGAGGCCGCUAUACAGGUUUUUUAUUCCGUGUGCACAGGCUGGGGACUGCACAUCACACUGGCAAGCUACAGCAAAUUCAAUAACAACUGUUUCAGAGAUGCCUUUAUAAUGGCAAUCGCCGGAGAAGGAACCAGUGUAUUUGGUGGGUUUGUUAUUUUUUCUGCACUUGGAUUUAUGGCGCAUGAGGCGGGUGUUCCACUGACGGAAGUGGUCAAAUCGGGACCUGGUUUAGGAUUUGUUGCCUAUCCUAUGGCUCUAGCACAGAUGCCCCUCCCCAAUCUCUGGGCUGUGUUGUUCUUCAUCGCCAUGAUAACACUGGGGCUGGACAGUCAGUUUACCAUCACGGAGACUGCAUAUGUAUAUUUUGAGGAAUCCUUCCUAUUCAUGAAGAAGAAACAAAUGAUCGGUAGAGCAUGUUUAUCGAUGAUCGGAAUUGUCUUUAGUUUACCAUUCUGUACACAGGCAGGAGUAUACAUAUUUCAGCUGUUUGACUGGUAUAUGGCAGUAUUUGGCCCGUUGUUUUUCACAUUGAUAGAGUGUGUAUCGGUAUCAUGGUUAUAUGGAGCCGAGCGGUUCUCACGAGACGUAGAAAUGAUGAUCGGCAGGAGGGUACCAGGCUACAUUAAAUUUUGUUGGUCUUUCUUCUCACCCCUUCUCUUAUGUGUUUUGAUGGUAACAAGCCUUGUGUUGUAUGUACCACCUACAUACGGGGACUAUGUAUAUCCGAGUUGGGCCGGAAGAGCUGGAUGGGUGGUUUCUUUGUUGCCAAUUAUACCAGUCUUUAUCAUAGGCUUUGGUGUCGUGUACUACUCACCGGGAAAAACAAUCUGUCAGAAAUUAAGUCAUUCUGUGCGACCUACCAAGAACUGGCACCCUGCGGUGGAUACAGUCGAUUACCUUGCUCUCUCCUUGGAAACACAGGCUUCCGUCACACAGAAAGUUCUCAUUAACCUUGGCUUUACGAAGCAUCCGGACGUAAUAUGAGGCAUUUUAUAGUUAAAAUCACUAUGUAAGUUAAAAUAUCAUUUGUAUAAUUAUAUAAAAAAAUAUUUUGUAACUCAAUUCAAUUUUGGGUUUUAAAUCAAAAUAUACUUUUAGAUAUUCUUCGUAGCAUUACUCUUAUGAAACAGAGGGGGCAUUUUCUCCACUUGAAUAAUCUCCUCGGAAAAGACCUAUGGAUAUAAUAAAACUGAAAAGUUGUAUC